AACGAUAUAGUGACUGUCAUUCCAUCUGAGAAGAUACAAAUGCAUACAAGUGUGGCCGAAGAUGUGGCGAAAGGAGUACCAGAUGUUAUAAUGCUGACGGUUAAAAAUCUAGCCAAUGAAAGCGUCGCAAAUGAGCUGCAGGCGUUAAAGUUGCCAAGCAGUGUUAAAAUUGUUACCAUGCAGAAUGGGACUGUGGCGUAUACGUAUUUCAAGGAACGAUUUCCGACGCACACAGUGAUACCCGCCAUCUGCUCGUUCAAUGUCCAGUCUGAGAAAGGUGAUUCCAAAAAAAUAUGA